CGGAAGGAAAAAGUGAAGUGAUUAAAUCCUGACACUUGUUUUCAUGUCUCCUCACAUGCAUUCAGAUAAGCAAAAUUCCCCCAAGGGUGGGGCUUCUUCUUGUUUUCUUGCUCUCAUACCGCUACAUCAGGCAAAAAAGGAGGAAAUUACAAAGAUAUCACCAACUCAAGGUCUCUGUCCAUUUUAUCGUCAGCCUCUACUGGAGCUCUCUCCUGCUGACGCUCCCAUCAACCCCUACUCCUCCACAACUCGGUUGGACGCUGCAGUCAGAACUGAGGAAAACUGCUGCUGAAGGUGCAUUCAUUAUAACAGAUAAGCAAAAUUCCCCCAAGGGUGGAGUUUCUUCUUGUUUUCUUGCUCUCAUACCGCUACAUCAGGCAAAAAAGGAGGAAAUUACAAAGAUAUCACCAACUCAAGGUCUCUGUCCAUUUUAUCGUCAGCUUCUACUGGAGCUCUCUCCUGCUGACGCUCCCAUCAACCCCUACUCCUCCACAACUCGGUUGGACGCUGCAGUCAGAACUGAGGAAAACUGCUGCUGAAGGUGCAUUCAUUAUAACAGUGAAUGAACAUGGCAAGAGGAGAAAUCGUGGUUCUUUUUCUGUCUUUACUGUCUGAGUCCUCAUUAACUCAAAAACAAUGUGAGGAGACAGACUGCCCCAAAGAGACCCAGGCUGUUUUCAGUAUCUCUACAACAGAAAUCCCACGCAUCCUAAAACCAGAUAAGCAAAAUUCCCCCAAGGGUGGAGUUUCUUCUUGUUUUCUUGCUCUCAUACCGCUACAUCAGGCAAAAAAGGAGGAAGUUACAAAGAUAUCACCAACUCAAGGUCUCUGUCCAUUUUAUCGUCAGCCUCUACUGGAGCUCUCUCCUGCUGACGCUCCCAUCAACCCCUACUCCUCCACAACUCGGUUGGACGCUGCAGUCAGAACUGAGGAAAACUGCUGCUGAAGGUGCAUUCAUUAUAACAGUGAAUGAACAUGGCAAGAGGAGAAAUCGUGGUUCUUUUUCUGUCUUUACUGUUUGAGUCCUCAUUAACUCAAAAACAAUGUGAAAAGGAGACAGACUGCCCCAAAGAGAACCAGGCUGUUUUCAGUACCUCUACAACAGAAAUCCCACGCAUCCUAAAACCAGGUGUGACAGAAGUUUUCUUUGUGGAAAGCCUAAUUGACACAAUCCCCAAAGCAGCCUUUGUUGAAAACCCCCAUCUUGAAAAGGUGGAGUUCUUGAGCACUACCACGACAUCUAUCGAGCCAGGAGCUUUCGAAGGUUUGGUAGAACUCAAGCAUAUUGAGAUCUCCAGCACUCCAUUAAAGUCGAUACCAGUGGGAGUCUUUAAAGACCUCAGCAACCUGGAGAAGCUUGUAAUAAAGCUUAACAAGCUCCGUAGUCUGGAGAACGGCUUGUUUGAGGGCCUUACAAAAUUACGAGAGCUCCUUUUACACAUAAACGAGAUAGAAUCGAUUGAAGAUGGGACUUUUGAUGAUCUUGACAACCUCACAGUGCUCCAUUUGGCUAAAAACAACCUCUCCGCUGUAUCUACCAGCUGGUUCUCAAACCUAAACAAACUACAGACGCUACGGCUUUAUGAGAAUCAACUGACCACCAUUCCUGAAGAUAUUUUGCAGAAUCUGCCAAACCUAAAGGAAAUUGGCUUGCAGGGAAACAAAAUAGCAGAAUUGUCACCUAAUCUAUUUCCACAUAAAGACAAACUAAGUAAGGUGUGCCUGGAUAGUAAUCACCUGACUAGUUUACCUGAAGGAUUCUUUGUUGGCUUCCCUCUGCUUAAAACACUGACCCUACAGAAGAAUAAACUGACGAGUCUACCACCUGCUUUUGGAGAAAUGCCUAAAUUGACAGAGUUAAGCCUGAGUCAGAACAAUCUCAGCGCUCUUCCUAAAGGAAUAUUCAGCCCUCUGAAGAAAGUCAAGAAGUUAGAUCUGUCUAAGAAUCAAUUUGUCACCUUUUAUGCUGAGAACUUUGAAGGUCCUGAGAGGCUCACAGACCUGAAUCUACAGUACAACAAGAUAAAGUCACUGGACGUAGAUGUGUUUGAAAAGCUACAAUCACUGAUCACACUCAAGCUAGCUCACAACGACCUCCAGACGCUUCCUGGGGAUAUUUUUGAGCCUUUAACAAAACUGAGAAAACUUUACCUCAAUGACAACCCUUGGCACUGUGACUGUAAUCUGAUAGAGCUUCACCUCUGGAUGAAGACGAACUCUGACAAGCUUGUGUCUCCUGCUGUCUGUGAGUAUCCAGAAGAUCUAAAAGGACAAGAAAUAAAAUCAUUACCAGAAGAUCAACUUAUCUGCCCCACCCUCCCCUCCACAACCACAACCACAACCACCACGACAACUCCCACAACUACCAUGGCACUCCCAACUGCAGAACCAACAACCACCAUUGUUACUACCACAACACCAGCAACCACUUUGUCAGCUACAGCAAACACCCCUGUCUCAACCAUGCCACUAGCCACAACCAUUCCAAAGGCACCAACAAACACCAUAACAAAAACUCCAGCCACCAUGACCACCACCUCAACACCAACACCCACAACAACUUUAACCACCAACACCAUUUCGAGUACAACCACAACCAUUACGACUUCGCAUACAACAAUUAUGCCCACGACCACCAGCUUCAGCAUCCAACCAACCACCACCCAAACAAUGCCUUCUAAAAACAACACUCCAGUGAUGAUCUACUUAAUACUGCUGGUGGUGGUAUUAAUCGUCUGCUUGCUGGCACUGGCUAAGUUCACCCCGUCUCUUUACCACCUGCUGCAGCGCAGGAAGAAGAUGAACCAGAUGGUCAAACUCAUCAGCAUCUCUAACAUGGAAGAGGGACUACAACUUCUCUAGCCUACAUUACCUGAUGGUUCAGCCACCUGGGGGCGCUGGAAACGAGCUGUGAACAUGACAUUGACAGUAUAAAGUUAAUGCAAACUUGUCACUAAACAGGUGCAUAUCUAAACAGCCAGCUGCUACGAUCCUGUUUCCAGUCACCUGACAGAUGUAAGUCAAAUAUUAACUUCCUUUUAGUUGGGUUUUUGGUCUCUACCAACUCCUGGGGCAACUAUUUGUCUUUUAAGCAGCUAAAUGCUUCACUAUGUUCACCAGCAAGUGUGCUGACCGCUGUUUGGUGCUGAGCAGGUAAUGAACAGAUAAUGUUUUAGAGAGUUUUCACUGUAAACAGCUGUCUGCUGCAGCUGAAAAACAAUGCUAAGAGAGUGGUGAAAGUUGCAAAGUUGAGGGUUGUACAACCAACACAAUGACCUUAAAAUACACAAAUGGACUGUAGAGCUAAAGGGAACUGCAGAGUUGGGUGUUUCUCUGUGGUUUUGUCACUAUGAACCACCCUUUCACAUACAAGUAGUCAUAUGUUCAGUUGUUAAUAUGAAAAUACUGAUUAUAGUAACUUUACAUAAAAACAUUAAAGGUAUACUAUGCAAGAAUUAUUGAUUACUGUUUGUAAAUGAUAUUGCCAGCAAAAGUGAAAGUGAAAGCCAACCCUAGAUUCACUCCUGUUUGCUAUAUUUGCACUUCUGUGUUGCUUUUGUGCACUGUGUCUGUACCUGCUGUUUACAUGUCUGGCACCUGGUCGCUACCUUUUCAUGAAGUCAUGAACUCAACUGCAGGGUCUCGGCAAAUAAAUAUACUGCCAGUCUGCCACACACUUCUAGUUGGUUUUAAGUGAUGAUUGAGAGGCAUUACUUUUGUAUGAGUCUAUAAACUGUUAUUUAGGACAAUCCUGCACACUGUACUGCACAUUUAUGAUACUUAAUUCACAUUUCAGGGAAGAGGAAAAAGUCUGGGGUUUAGAUACCUCUUUAAUUAAUAUAUAUAUAAAAAAGCUAAUACUAUACAUUCCUCAUAUGAACAUGUUACUGAUCACAUGCUUUAGCAGCCUGUACAUACAUGUCAAAGUGUCUCAUGUUGUACUUUUUGCUUGAUGAAAAAUAACUAUUUUUGUAAGCAUAAUGCAUUAAAGAUGAUUAACAA